ACAUGGCGUCACUGUUUACAAACGGCGAGUGACGAGUUGUAAUGUUUAGGCGUCUAACUUUUUUUUUUUUGUCACGGUACGUUGUGGGAUUAGAUCAGAUCAGGGCGCUGGGUAUUCCGUGCAGUCCCUACAGACUUGAUAAAAUCCGAACUGGAGCAGGAUUCGGGUGCGAAUCGAUAAAAGGAGUGAAACAGGGCGCAUAGUCUUCUGCAUACUUGCAAGUUUGAAUACAGACUUGGAUGGUUAUGAGCUUUACAUCAUGGACCAGGUGACAGGCAGCGGGAGGAGACUGGAUGACGAGCACAGUCUGAUCAGAGCGCGUGCCACUGCUGCUCCGUCCAAGGGAAGCUCCAACACUCAGGAUGGCUCCUCCAGGUUUGUCUACGUCCUGUCAUUCUUCUCCGCUCUGGGAGGCUUCCUAUUCGGCUAUGACACUGGGGUGGUGUCCGGGGCCAUGCUUUUGCUCAAGAAGGAGAUGAACCUGAGCGCGUUUUGGCAGGAGUUGCUGGUUUCCAGUACUGUAGGUGCAGCGGCGCUCUCUGCUCUAGCUGGCGGAUACCUGAACGGGCUGCACGGCCGCCGGAACUGCAUCAUGCUGGCCAGCUUCAUUUUUACUAUCGGGGGCAUCGUUUUGAGCGUGGCACCUGAUAAAGAGGUUCUUCUUGUCGGAAGACUUACUGUUGGUCUUGGCAUAGGAAUAGCAUCAAUGACGGUGCCAGUUUACAUAGCUGAAGUGUCUCCUCCUCAGCUCCGAGGUCAGCUGGUCACCAUAAACACUCUGUUCAUCACCGGUGGUCAGUUCAUAGCCAGCGUCCUGGAUGGAGCAUUCAGUUACAUGGCGCACGAUGGCUGGAGGUAUAUGCUGGGUUUGUCAGUAGUCCCUGCUGUGCUGCAGUUUGUGGGAUUCCUCUUCUUCUUGCCUGAGAGUCCUCGCUGGCUCCUGCAGAAAGGUGAUUCUCAGAAGGCCCGUGAGGUGCUCAUGCAGAUCCGGGCCACAGAGUGUGUGAAUGAAGAGUAUGACAGUAUCAAGGGCAUUAUUGAAGAGGAAGAAAAAGAAGCAGGAGGGGGACUAGUUCUAUGCCGUAUGCUGGCGUGUGCUCCUACUCGGAGAGCUCUCAUCGUAGGAUGUGGCCUUCAGAUGUUCCAGCAGCUCUCUGGAAUUAACACUGUAAUGUACUAUAGUGCCACAAUUUUGCAGAUGGCAGGAGUGCAGGAUGAUAAGACGGCAAUCUGGCUUUCUGCUGCUACAGCAUUCACCAAUUUCCUGUUUACGAUAGUAGGCGUUUGGUUGGUGGAGCGGGUGGGCCGCAGAAAGCUGACUCUGGGCAGCAUUGUUGGUACUGGAAUCAGUCUCUCGGUCUUAGCUGUGGGAUUUCUACUUUCUGCUCAGGCGUCUCCUCCAGUGAACUUUUACCCUAGUGACCCUACUUCUAAUUCAACCUGUGCACAGUAUGGAUUUUGUGAACAGUGUAUGCUGGAUCCAAACUGUGGCUUUUGUUACUAUGAGAAUGGCUCAACGGUAUCAGACUCUUCCUGUGAGCCCAUUGAUCCAGCCAACACAGAGCAAGCAGCAAGUGGCAGGUGCUCCAAUCGAACCCAAGAAAACACAAGUCCACUGUGGUGGGCCUAUAACUACUGUCCAACCUCCUAUUCCUGGGUAGUAUUGCUGGGUCUCAUUCUUUACCUGGCCGCCUUUGCUCCAGGAAUGGGGCCCAUGCCAUGGACGGUGAAUUCUGAGAUUUAUCCGCUUUGGGCUCGGAGCACAGGCAAUGCCUGCUCUGCUGGCGUCAACUGGAUCUUCAAUGUCCUUGUGUCACUGACAUUCCUCCAUGUGGCAGAGUACCUCACAUACUAUGGUGCUUUUUUCCUGUACACUGGCUUGGCUGUGCUUGGCUGCUUCUUCAUCCUGGGCUGUCUGCCAGAAACCAAGGGUCUCAUGUUGGAGGACAUAGAGACUCUGUUUAGCAGGAGGCUCUGCACCUGUGGCACACUGGGUGGCGAAGGUGCACACUACAUCAGGCCUCGUUUGGAUUUGGGAAAGUUGCAUUAUGAGACGCUGGAACCAGAGGAAGGAAUUGCUUACAUAUCACUCCAAUAAUGGUCUAAUUAUACCUGGAAGUUGCCUUUCAAGAGCAAUGAACAGCACGUUUGAGAUCAUGAUCAUUUUAACUGACUUUUUUUUUUUUUUUUAAUUUUAUUUUUUUUAAGUUGCACAUGUAUUUAAUGUGAACAAGCCUAUGGUUUGGGGGAUACAAUUAUGCUCUACAAGUCUGACAAUCAUAUAUUCUUAUUGUGUUGGAGAAAAUUACAACUUUUGGUAUACUUUUGUGUGUGUGUGUGUGUGUGUGUGUGUGUAUAUAUAUAGAUGAUUUUGCUUCAUUAUGUUAAGUUAAUGCCUUAAAAAUAUACCUAAUGAUCUGACCAUAGAUCUCCUGCAGUAUCUUUACUGACCGAUAGGGUCCAUGAACCCAGAUGUUUGAUAUAGCUCAGCAAUAGCAAGAACAAUAAUCCAGUCUGCUGUAUGGGCUGUCUCUCUUUUUAAUGUUACAACUUUUGUGUAGACAAAACUGUUCAUCUUUUUCUAUUGAAUAAAAAUUGACAACUCUUCA